AUGACUCUCGACCACCUGGAAAGAAUAGCUCAUAAGAACAUUGAUGUAAGCCGCACAUGACUUUGAGACGCCAUCUGUGGCUACUCCACUCCACAUAUGUUUCCGCGUGUAUCUCAGACGACUCUUGGGCAUAUUCUUCGUCCCAAGGUCCCAGAGAUUCUUCGCUUCAUAGAAGAGAUCGCACAAAAGAUUUCUACCUAUAUCAUUCGAGUAAGAACACAGUUAGCUGUGAGGAAGUGAGAGAAAGCGAAAACUCUGUGUCUGAGCAGGGGAAUCACGAUUACGAGACGUAAGCCAGAGGAAGACUGAUUGUCUGACGGCUCCUUUGCGCUUGUCCUCAGUUUGACGAGGGAUUUUGUCAAGAAACACAUGCCCUCUGUCCACUACAGAAAAGGUGUGAGGCUGAAUGAGUGCACACCGACUAUCUCAUAGGCAUGUGCAUCCAUCAGAUGUCCUUGUGGAUUGGCGCCUCGUCCGCUUAGAGCACGGCCAGUUUGAGGAUCUUCUUAACAGACCCGGCCCUCUCUCGGACUACACGAACAAAACAAAGAGCAGUGGUGUGAGAGAAGUGGUUAGCCAGCUUCCUGUGGGGUUCUCUCAGCGCCCAUCCGCCGCGUACUGGCUGGCGAGAGCGGAUGCCACUCGAUGUGAGCUGGAGAGGUUUCACAAGGUGUACAACCCGUCUUCGAACGCCGUGCGCGAGACGACGGAGUUGGUGACCUCGAUCACUGAAUAUAUCCUGGGGAAACACUUCAAGGCAAGUGAACGAUUGACGUACUUUGUGUUGUAUGGAUUCAUUUAAUUCUUGGUGUUUGUAAUGUCAUUCUCUAUUCAGAAAGCCUACAUGACAAUGUUCCAGGAGCGAUUGCAGGCUGUCACCGAGAAUGGCGCACCGGGCCAGGACCUGGUCAAGAUUCUCAACAACGACGUCCGCGAGGAUCAAUUCCACCUUCGGAAGGGCACAAUUACAAUUAAAACGGUGGGCGCGCCUACCGGAGAGGGGCAGGAACGUCUCGUCUGUGUGUGUGUGUGUUUUUCUUUGCGGCCCCAGGUGGUGAGGGAGUAUGGUGAUCUUCCCAAAGUCAUGAAGAGGGAGCUCUAGUUGUCAAAGAGGGAAUCAAAGGCGC